AUGGCACACCGCGGCUGGCUCUUUGGCUGGCCUGCGUUGGCGCUGGCUCACCAUUACCCAGACUAUGUGUCUCACGGUAUGGGUCGAGAACCUAACAAUGGGGAAGUCGUCAUUGACAACGCAAACUUUGGAUCUAAUGCCAUCAAGGUCGUCAGCGAUGGUAUUGAUGAAUCGUAA